AUGCAUCCUUAUGUUGUUUACGCUGAUUUCGAAACUCUUUCAGUGACAAACGCAGAUGAAUAUCGUGUUCGUACUCUUCCUGUUUGCAGCUAUGGUUAUGUUGCUAUUGAUUGGACUGGAAAAAUAAUUGCAAAAGAUUUUUAUAGAGGUGAAAAAAGUGGCGAAAAGUUUCUUGCAAAGACAUCCUUACCAGAAAUUGACAAGUAUUAUUCAUCAUUAAAAGAUGCUAACAUCAGCAAUGAAAUGUACAAUCAUUUACAAAAUAUUUGGAACAAAUUUAAAUGUGAAACACUUGGCGAUUUUCAUGAUCUGUAUCUGAAAGUUGAUGUAAUUUUACUUGCAGCUGUGUUUGAAAAUUUUCGUAAAGUGAGUCAUGAAAAUUUCAAUCUUGAUCCUUGUCAUAAUUUUUCUAUCCCUGGAUUAUCAAUGAAUGCUGCAUUACGCUACACCCGAGCAAAAGCCGGUUUACUCACAGAUGUUGACAUGCUUAUAUUUGUCGAAAAAGGAAUUAGAGGAGGAUUAACUGUUGUUUCAAAACGUUAUUGCAAGACUAGACAAGGUAUUAAUGAAAUCAUUUAUCUUGAUGUUAAUAACCUUUACGGUUAUGCAAUGUCGCAGCCUCUGCCUUACGAUAAUUUUCAAUGGGUCGAAUUAAAAAAUCAAAAUAUUGAUCAACUACUCGCAAUGUGUAGAGGCGACACUGGAAUGAUAUUCGAGGUUGAUUUAAUUUAUCCUGAUCACCUUCAUGAUGAGCAUAAUGAUUUUCCAUUAGCGCCACAUAAAAUGGAAGUAACUGAAGAAAUGCACAGUCAAUAUCAAAAGGAACUAUUAAAAAGAUUAAAAGAAAGAAAAAUGAAGCCUUCAUCAUCUGAAAAACUUCUCUCAACAUUUUAUCCAAGAGAGAAAUAUGUUGUUCAUCAUAAACUCCUCAAGUACUACAUCUCUAAAGGAUUAAUUGUAACUAAAGUGCACCGAGCUUUCAAGUUUCGUGAAAAAGCAUGGUUACAGCCCUAUGUCGAUUUUUGUACCAAACAAAGACAAGCAGCAACAAACAGCUUUACUAAGGACUUUUGGAAGUUAGGUGUUAAUUCAAUUUAUGGUAAAACGAUUGAAGACAAGCGCAAACACAGGCGUGUACAGUUAGUUUUCAAAGAAAGUAUAGCCCUGAAACGAUUAAGAUCUGAAUUAUGCGAAAGUUUUACCGUUAUUGGCGAGGAUAAAAUGCUCUUUCAACUCAAAAAAGGUGCUGUCUACAUGAACAAGCCUGUAUCUGUUGGUUUUGCCGUUUUAGAGCUAGCUAAACUUAAGAUGUUUGAACUUCAUUAUGAUCAUUUUAAGGCUCGUUUAGGCAAUAAUGUUGAACUUUUAUACACUGAUACUGAUAGUUUGAUCUACAACAUCAAGACAAAUGAAGGCUCAGCUGUCCUUAAAGAAUUUUCAGACAUUAUGGAUUUCAGUAAUUAUCCUAAAGAUCAUCCUCUAUACAACAACAAAAAUGAAAAGGCUAUUGGUUUUAUCAAAGAUGAAAUGGGUGGUAAGAGGAUUGAAGAAUUCAUUGCCUUAAAGCCUAAACUUUAUGCACUCAAGACUGCUGAGGGUGAAAAGAAGAAAGCGAAAG